CCACGAAAUGGCGGCAGUGGCGAACUGUGUCACAUUUCUUUACAAUAUUUUCGUGUGUAAGCCCUUCACAUGAUGUUUAUGGUAUAUCUCGGUAUCAUAGAUGGAUUGAGAGAAUUUAGAAGUACUGAAAAUGACCACACUUGAGCUGUACACGAAGGGAGCUAGAGUAUGGAUCCCGCACGAACAAGUUAUAUGGAUUGGCGGAGAAUUAACUAAAGAUUUAAAAGAAGAUGGAAUCUUGGAGAUUGAACUCGAAGACGGAAAUGAAAUUACUCUCGAUGUUUACAAGGGAAAACAGAGCCUUCCUCCGUUGAGAAACCCCGAAGUUCUUGUUGGAGAAAAUGAUCUUACAACCUUGAGUUACUUACAUGAACCUGCCGUGCUGUACAAUCUUCAAGUUCGUUUCCUCCAAUCCAAUGCGAUUUACACUUAUUGUGGUAUUGUUCUGGUUGCUAUCAAUCCUUACCAACAGCUUCCUCUCUAUGGACCUGACAUCAUAUCUGCGUAUAGUGGCCAAUCCAUGGGUGACAUGGACCCACAUAUUUUUGCUGUUGCUGAGGAUGCAUUCAGAGCCAUGGCCAGAGAUGGGCUGAAUCAGUCAAUCAUUGUCAGUGGUGAAAGUGGUGCUGGGAAGACAGUUAGUGCUAAGUAUGCAAUGAGGUACUUUGCAUCAGUGGGAGGGGCCUCUACAGAGACACAGAUUGAAAAGAAAGUCUUGGCAUCCAACCCUAUUAUGGAGGCCAUUGGAAAUGCUAAGACAAUACGGAAUGACAACAGUAGCCGAUUUGGAAAAUACCUCGAAAUAUCUUUUGACAAGAACUAUCACAUCAUAGCAGCCCACAUGAGAACCUACUUGCUGGAGAAAUCUCGAGUUGUAUUUCAAGCUCCUGAUGAAAGAAACUACCAUGUAUUCUAUCAACUUUGUGCUGCAUGUGAUACUCCUGAACUCAAAGAUCUUAGACUUGCACACCAAGACAACUUUUACUACUUAAACCAAGGAGAAUGUCCUUAUGUUGAUGAGGUGGAUGAUGGUGAGGGGUUUGAGGAGAUGCGAGAGGCCAUGGAUCUGGUUGGAAUCAUGAAUGAUGAACAGCUGAUGAUAUUCAGAAUCUUGGCUGGUAUUCUGCACAUAGGAAACAUUGAUAUUCAACCAGCCAGUGAGGAAGAAAGUACAAUCAAUGACAAAGAUUUUCAUCUGGCAGUAGCAGCUGACCUGUUGGGUAUUGACAGAAGCCAGUUUAAAAAGUGGCUGUGUAACCGGAAGAUUGUCACAGUACAGGAGGUGCUCAUCAAACCACUGAAUGUUGAGGAGGCUGAUUUUGGCAGAAAAGCAAUUAGCAAACACAUUUAUUCUCAGCUGUUCAAGUGGAUUGUACAAUGCAUCAAUAAUUCUCUCAGCAGUGGAGUCAAACAGCACUCGUUUCUUGGAAUUCUUGACAUUUAUGGGUUUGAAACUUUUGAGGAGAACAGUUUUGAACAGUUCUGUAUCAACUACGCCAAUGAAAAACUCCAGCAGCAGUUCACGCAGCAUGUUUUCAAACUGGAGCAAGAUGAAUAUGUGAAGGAAGAGAUAGAGUGGUCAUUCAUCAACUUCUAUGAUAAUCAGGCUUGUAUUGAUCUGAUUGAAGCAAAACUGGGAAUACUUGACUUGCUUGAUGAAGAGUGUAAGAUGCCAAAAGGAGCUGACAGUUCAUGGAUCCAGAAACUGUACAAACAUCACAUGAAGAAGGAGCACUUCAGCAAGCCACGCCUGUCACAAACAGCCUUUAUAGUGCAUCAUUUUGCUGAUGAUGUGGAGUAUGAAAUGAAAGGCUUUGUGGAGAAAAACCGAGAUUCUGUUAAUCAGGAACAUCUAGCCAUUCUUAAAGCUAGUGAGUAUGAACUGGUGGCACAAGUUAUUGAUUGCACACAUAAUUAUGAGAUGGUUGGAGACUUAUUCUCUGAGAAUGAAGCUCACAUGAUGCCGCGUAAGCGAUCAACUUCUAGAGCUGGAAAAAAUGUCUCCAAAUCCAAGCGGAGUGUUGGAUCAGAGUUUCGUGAAUCGCUGUCGAAGCUUAUGGCUACCCUGAACAGUACAGUGCCUCAUUACAUUCGCUGCAUUAAACCCAAUGACCGCAAAGCACCGUUCGAGUUUAACCCACAGAGAAGUAUUCAGCAGCUCAGAGCUUGCGGAGUACUGGAAACUGUACGAAUCAGUGCCGCGGGCUACCCCUCACGGUGGAGCUAUGACGAGUUCUUUAACCGUUACCGCAUGCUUCUGAAGUUUGAGGCUAUUAACAGAAGAAAGCCACGAGCCUCGAUAGAAUUGAUAUUGAAGACGCACAUAAAAGACCCUGAUAAGUUCCAGAUGGGAAAAACGAAAAUCUUCUUCCGUGCUGGCCAGGUGGCUUAUCUGGAAAAACUCAGAUCAGACAAGCUUCGAGACAGUUGUAUCAUGAUUCAGAAGAAUUUCCGCUGCUGGAGGGAACACCGGCUCUACCUGAGAAUGAGGCGGUCUGCGAUCCUAAUACAGGCCUGGGUACGAGGCUAUCUGGCAAGGAGACUUGCACAGGAUCUCAGAGAAAAGAGAGCUGCGAUUACCAUCCAGCGCUACUACCGUGGUUUUGUCUGCCGAAAGCAGUUUGUGACCAUUCGGGCGGCCGUCGUUAUAAUCCAGUGCUUCACGCGGGGUAUGUUCGCAAGAAGACUUCGCAUGCAAUUAUUGUACGAAGCUAAAACGAAGAUCAUUCAGCGGUGCUGGCGAAGAUACAGAGCGAGAGAGAAUUACAGAAAUUACAAAAAGACGAUUGUUUACCUUCAGUCUUGUGUGCGCAGGAUGAUUGCUAGACGAGAACUGAAGCAGCUUAAGAUCGAAGCGCGCUCUGUGGAACAUUAUAAGAAGUUGAACAUAGGAAUGGAAAACAAGAUCAUUCACUUACAGCAACGACUUGAUGAACAGGUUAAAGAAAAAGAACAAGCAAUGGUUGCCGGGCGAGAACUUGAAGCUACGCGGAAAGAACUGGAACACGCCAAGCAGUGGAAAGGACAGUUUGAAUCGACACAAUCCAAAAUGCUGGAGUUGGAACUUGUCAUCAAGGAACUGCGAGAGGAACUGAACAUGGCCAUUGUGGAGAAAGAUGGCACCGAGGAACGCGCCAAAACAGAAAAGGAGGAGCUAGAAGAGAUAAACAAGAAAUUGAAAGAAAAAUUGGCAAACCUAACGGAAGAGCUUGCUGAAGCAAAGGCAAUUUCCGACAGAGAAGUCUCUCUCAGGGAUGAAAUCAUUAACCAAAGCCUUGAAGCCCAGAGACAACAACUUCUGGCGGAAUUUGAAGCUGAAAGAAGCAACCACCAGAGAGUUUUACGAGAUUACGACCGACUGGAACAACGCUAUCAGAAUUUGCAGGAUGAAGUAGAGAUUGAAAAAUUCAGUCCGGUUGCUAAAAGAGAGUCUAAUGGCCUUAUAAGUGCUAGUGGUUCAG